GUCAGUCAGAACAGCUGAAAUUGGGAAGCUUUCCUUCUCCGCAACCUUAAAAAACUAGUACUUUCCUCAAACUUUACUCUUACUCACAGACUCUCAUCGUUGUUCUAAGAAAAAAAAACGAAAACUUUAUUGAGUUUUCAAAUCCUGCCACCUUUGUUUUGCUUCAUAGCAUUCACACCGAUUGGUUUCUAUCAUUCCCUGCAAAUGGGUCGCUCUCUAUAAUUGCGGAAGGACCAAAACGGGAAAGAAGUGAUUGUUAAUCCACAUCGAGUGUGAAGAUGACGACGCGGUCUGUGUCUAUUAUGAAGUGCACAUUGUUCUUGCUGUUUCUGCUGAAGAUCAAAUGUGUAUUCACGGAUUCCUAUUAUUUGAUCGGUCUUGGAAGCUAUGACAUCACGGGGCCUGCAGCUGAUGUCAACAUGAUGGGAUAUGCUAACAUGGAACAAGUAACAUCCGGUGUUCACUUCAGGCUCAGAGCUCGCACGUUCAUCGUGGCUGAGCCAGACAAGAAAAGAAUUGCUUUUGUUAAUCUUGAUGCUGGUAUGGCGUCACAGCUUGUGACUAUCAAAGUGAUUGAAAGAUUAAAAAAGAGGUACGGUGAGCUUUAUACGGAGGAAAAUGUUGCAAUUAGUGGAACUCAUACUCAUGCUGGUCCAGGGGGUUAUCUCCAAUACAUUCUGUACUUAGUUACAUCUCUCGGGUUUGUUCAUCAAUCGUUUAAUGCUCUUGUGGAUGGUAUAGAGCAAAGUAUCAUACAAGCUCAUGAAAAUCUUCGUCCCGGGUCCAUUUUAAUCAACAAAGGGGAGCUCUUGGAUGCUGGUGUGAACCGUAGUCCCAGCGCAUACCUUAACAAUCCGGCACAUGAACGUAGUAGAUAUGAAUAUAAUGUUGAUAAAGAGAUGACACUUGUCAAGUUCGUUGAUGAUCGCUGGGGUCCUGUCGGUAGUUUCAAUUGGUUUGCAACUCAUGGCACUUCGAUGAGCCGCACAAAUUCCUUGAUCAGCGGGGACAACAAAGGCACUGCAGAACGUAUCAUGGAAGACUGGUUUGAACAAAAAGAAAGUCGCGUGUCUUAUGAUGUUGAAUCUCAUAGAAGAGUCUCAAGCAUAAUCACAGAUCCUCAUGAUCAAGAUGUGCUGGAAAUGGCGUCCUCUUUACCGUCUGCAGGCGGUAAAACCGUUACAAGGAUGUCAAGCGUUGCUAGACGANCUGAAACAGAUGGAAAACUUCGAGACUCAAGCCCAAAGAGGUCACUGCCUUCACCAGAUUCUUCUUCACAACUUGAGAGGCGUGAGGAAGCAGGGGAGACUCAGACGGAAGCAGAUUGUCGCUCGUCUGCUAGAGCAAAAAGAAAGAAGAUAACUGUUAUCAGUAAAAUAUUGUAUGUACACAUCUGA